UCGCUUUUUCACAAAAACCGGCCUUGAAUUCCACUUAGCUUUCUCAUUACAAUGGAAAUUAAUCUCAAAGUUCUUGAAGGCCAAGACAACUCACCCCUACUUCCAGUUUCAGAUAACCCUAAUUCAAACCCUUAUGUUCAGAGGACUAUGAAAGCACGUUACAUUUUUGAAGUUAGAAUUGUCCACCUCCUAAUUCUAAUAGUUACAUUUUGGGCAGUCUUGUGCUUGCCUUCUUUUUUCACCUCCAUGUCCUUGGUUCCUCAAACUCCGAGUUUCCAAUUUGACUCUCUUUUCCUUUCUAACUUUAACAUCUCAAACAAAACCAUCGGGGCUAACUUGGAUAUGACCCUUCAAAUAGAGAACCCCAACUCGGUCACGAAGAUUCACUUCAACAUCAUAAAUGGCUCGAUUUCGUACAAGGACAACUCUCUUGCAAUGUACUCGAUAAAGCCAUUUGAGUUGGGAUACAGGGAACACAGACUGGUGCACUUGAAAAUAUCAAAAUAUCAGACAAUGGAAAAGAAUGGAUGGGUUUUGGAUGAGAUCAAUAAGCAACGAGAUGAGAAUGGAGCUGUGAGUUUCAGCCUCACAAUGUUUGUUUCGGCUACAUAUACAACCGGCUGGUGGGGAAUCAAAAAGUUUGUAUCGAACCCUCAGUGUUUGGAUUUGAGGGUUGCCUUCCUUCCUAAAGCUGGGUUCGGAAAUUGGGUAAAUGGAGGGCCAAUGAAAUGCUCACUUCCUAUAUUUUGACCUAACUAAACCAUAUUUCCUUUUUCUUUUCAUCCUUGAUGUAAGAGCAAGCUAGCAUUUUAGUUUGUGAUUACAACACGAUGGGCUGUAGAAAAUUACAUAUAUAAGAUUUUUGUCAAUUACGCACCCAAA